UUAAGCUAAACAGAUUACAGCCGGGGUGGAGAGCUGCAGCUAAAUGUCUCGCUUAAGUUUUAACAAGACACGCUCGUCGGAGGAGUACGGACCACCAGGAGGAGAUGGCAGCGUGAGGAGACGCGCCACGCAGGUUAGCCUCUCUGCUGGAGGAAAGGAGGCAGGAGAGGAGCCAGGAAUAACCCUUGGUGUCUAAGCUCCUUAAGGAGAAAGCAAGAGGCCCUACAUCUUUAGCCGCUGCUGUAGCUCGCUAUUGCUCCCUCUGGCCCCAGGAUGAACUCCUGGUGGAGCAGGAGGAGCAGCCCUGAAUGAGAGGACUCCAACAUUGCAGCAUAGCAACCGCACUGUAACAUAGCAACCGCACUGUAACAUAGCAACCACACUGCAACAUAGCAACCACACUGCAACAUAGCAACCAGACUGUAACAUAGCAACCGCACUGUAACAUAGCCACCAGACUGUAACAUAGCAAUCUCACAGUGAAAUAGCAACCAUACUGUAACAUAGCAACCAGACUGUAGCAGAGCAACCACACAUUGAAAUAGCAACCAGACUGUAACUUAGCAACCAGACUGUAACAUAGCAAACACACUGUAACAUAGCAACCACACCUUAACACGUCAACCACACUGUAACAUAGCAACCAGACCAUAACACAUAUACCGCACUGUAACCUUGGAACUGCACUGUAACCUAGCAACAACACCAUCCUUUAGCAACCAUACCUCAACAUAUCAACCACAAAACAGGAACUAAUAAACACCAUAGCAACCACAAAACAACACUAUGACAAAUAAACCAAACUGUGACAUAGCAACUGCACUGAAACAAAGCAACCGAUAAACUAAAUUGCAAACCACCAUAACACCAUAGCAACCGCAGAACGACACCCAAUUAACCCCAGAACAACAUAGCAACAACACAACACCAUAGCAACCACACAACAUCAUGGCCGUCGGCAAGGUGACCUUCACGAGGGAAGAGAGGGACCAGCUGGCCAAGGUGCUAUGGAUGCUGAACUGGAUCUCCGUGGUGACGGGCGUCAUCAUCUUCAGCCUGGGCCUGUUCAUCAAGGUGGAGAUCCAGAAGCAAAGGGACGUGAUGUCAGACCAGGACAUCCUGUACGUGCCUCACAUGCUCAUCGCCACGGGCCUGGUCGCCUGCUGCAUUAACUUCCUGGGCGGGAAGAUUUGCUACGACUGCGUGGACGGGGCCAAGUUCACCCGCUGGAAGCUGGUGAUGCUGCCCUACAUCGUCUGCACCUUCUGCUUCACCUUCUGCGUGCUGGUGGGGGCGCUCCUGUGCUACAGCAUGCGCAGCCAGCUGGAGGACUCCCUGCAGCUGGGCCUGCGCGGCGCAAUGCGGUACUACAAGGACACCGACACACCUGGACGGUGCUACCUGAAGCGCACGCUGGACCUGCUCCAGAUCCAGUUCGAGUGCUGCGGGAACGCCGGGUACAAAGACUGGUUCGCCGUCCAGUGGGUCAGUAAUCGAUACCUGGACAUGACCAGCCCCCGCGUCCUGGAUCGCUUGAGGAGCAACGUGGAGGGCAAGUACCUGAUGGACGGCGUUCCGUUCAGCUGCUGUAACACCUUCUCGCCGCGGCCCUGCAUCCAGCACCAGCUCACCAACAACUCGGCCCACUUCAGCUACCGCCACCAGACUGACCGCCUCAACCUGUGGACGCGGGGCUGCAGACAGGUGCUGCUGGAGCACUACACCGGCAUCCUGCAGUCCACCGGCCUCAUAGUCCUCCUCAUAUGGUUGUUUGAGCUGCUGGUCCUGACGGGCGUGCGGUACCUUCAGACGGCCAUGGAGAACCUGCUCCUCCUGGGGGACCUGGACUCAGAGUCGGACGGCUGGAUCCUGGAGAACAGCCUGGCUGAGACGGCCCGCUGGAACCUCAACGUCAUCAAGAACCUGGGCAAGUGCUACAACGUGGACGACGACGAGGACCCCAACAUCAACGUCCCCAGGUCGCAGGAGAGCCAGGGGGAGCCCACGACGUCGGAGGUCACCUUGAGGAGGAAGGACCAGACUCGGCACCUCCCUCUCUGACCACACGUGUGCACGCGCUCGACACAAACAGCAGCAUUACAACGAUGCAAACGGUGCCCGUGAGUCAGGAGGACUCCCUGUCUCAAACACACCUUUACGUGCACCAUUACCUCACAUCAUGAGGUCUCUGGUUGAAACCGACUUGAACUCAAGUGCCCUUGAGCAUCAAAGCCCACUGCGGUGCCCCUUGGCCUGGCGAAGUGAAGAGCUACAGUAUGGCUGAUGGCUAGACCCCAGGAAGAGCAGAGGGUGUCCAGGUGCUGUUGGUAGCAUCACAGCCAAGGGGGCGUGGCCUCAGACACCGUGACCACAUGAUCGUUGACAUCAGGUUGUAUGGUGAUCGUAUGGUUCGACAGGAGGGCCUCGGAAAACAACCUUGUUAGUGUUUUGUGUCAUGUCUCUUUCAUUAAGAUCCACACUGAACUGAGCUGGGAUCUUCUGCCGUUUAUAUUUGUAGGUGGAGAUUAAGAACAUAUUCUCUGGGUUCUAUUUUCAGAGAUCAGGGCGCCAGCCGCCUCCUCUUCUCUGUUCGCCUUCUGUCUGGUUUGUCUUGUGCCUCUGCCCACAACAAGAUGCCAAGGGCUUCCUUAAUAAAAACACUCUGCUUGUAAAACUGCUUGGACUGGCUGUGUAGGGGGUCUAUAAUGGUUCAUACUGUGUCUGUACCAAUUUGUACUGGCUCUGUAGUGGUUUGUACUGGGUCUGUCCUGGUUUAUACUGGCUCUGUGGUGGUUUGUACUGGGUCUCUGCUUAUCUGUAAUUGGUCCUAAUAUGAUGUUUUAACAUGGCAACAUAAACACAGAAGAGAUGAUGAAUAGCUCCCACUGCAGCACCGACGUAGACUCAGCUUUGGU